AUUGAAUCGAUCUCACAGUUUCCUUUUGACCAAGUACAAAAUGCCACUCCAGCUCUGCCUCCUGUCCCCACCGCUUCGUUUUAAACCCUGCUCAAUAUGCUUGACUUUCCCCAAAGCGUGGCCAUGUUCGCGCCCUCCUCCUUACACACUGUUGACGUUGUCGACGAUGUUGACAGAAAAUUCAACGCCACUCACCUUUACUAUAAGCCACAUGCUGUCCAGAUAAUACAGCUCGUCGAGUGUUCGCCUCCGGCUCGCAUCCUUUCACCAGAAUCAUUUGCCUCCUCCUCUGGUGCCUCUUCCUCGUAUUGUUCGGAAGAGGAAUCAGAGUGCUCCUCGUACUGCUCGUCGGUAGAACCUUUGGCUGAGAAGAGCUCGCCAGCCUUUGUUCACGACGAACCGUCUUCGCUUUCAGAAACAUAUAAUAUUCGAAUGAAGCGAAUCCUCGCAUGGCGAGAAGACUUCUCCUCACAUCUCAGUACCACGAUGUCUGAUCCCACUAUUUCAUCUUCUCUCAAGAGAAAGAUGCCGGUCAAUUCAGACGAUAACGACGUUAUAUCACAUACAUCCAAGAGAUCAAGGUCCCACUCCUCUCGAGGUGAAGGGAGGAACCGUUGCAGCUCGCUUAGUGCUCUUUCGUGCCCCGCGUGUGACGCCUCUUUUGACACCCACAAAGACCUUCGGCAGCAUGGGUACGACGCUCGCGUCGGUGCCAACGAGGCUUGCCUCGUCGCUGUCGAUUACGCCUUUGAAUAAUUCUUCGUCAAGGCUCUGUUCAUAUUGCUUAUCCUCCCGUUUUCGUUGUACUAGUUGCUCUAGGGCGCUUCAGCUACCCGUUCUUUGCAUUCCUACCUUGCAUAUUGUUAUAUCACAAUACCCGCAUUUGUUCCGUUCGUCGCAUCUCUUCUAAUCGACUGCCUCAUUGCAUCUGUAUACAGCUGCUCAUCAUCACAUCGAGUUGUAACGAGUAACUUAUUAACAUCCUCUUUUCCUUAGUAUAUUUUGCUAAGUAUAAUGUAAUUAGAUAGAUAAUACACCUGUACAUAGUUUCAAG